AUGGCUUUGCCCGGCCGCAGGUCCAAGAACCCCAAGACACUGGCUUUCCUUCUAGUGGGUGUGACUUUUGUGGUGCUGCACCAGUGGUUUCUCCAGGAGCCCACGCAGAAGAACACUGAAGUCCCCACCGCUGCUCCCUGGUCUUCCGCGGCUGCGGUGCAGCUGUCACCACACCUCCAGGCGCCCCCUUGCGUGGCCAACGGCUCUGUGAACCUCACGGUCGGCUUCCAGGAGCUGCCCGCCCGGAUCCAAGACUUCCUACGCUACCGCCAUUGCCGCCGCUUCCCGCAGCUGUGGGACGCGCCCCACAAGUGCACGGGCCAUCGCGGCGUCUUCCUGCUGCUGGCCGUGAAGUCUUCGCCCGCGCAUUACGAGCGGCGGGAACUGAUCCGGCGCACGUGGGGCCAGGAGCGUACCUACGGAGGGCGGCAGGUACGUCGCCUCUUCCUGCUGGGGACCUCCCCUCCCGACGAGGCGGCCCGCGAGCCUCAGCUGGCCAGCCUGCUGGACCUGGAGGCGCGCGAGCACGGCGACGUGCUGCAGUGGGACUUCGCGGACACCUUCCUCAACCUCUCGCUCAAGCACGUGCACCUGCUGGAGUGGACAGCCGAGCGCUGCUCGGGUGCGAGCUUCCUGCUCAGCUGCGACGACGACGUCUUCGUGCACACGGCCAACGUGGUGCAUUUCCUGGAGGUGCAAUCGCCCGAGAGUCACCUCUUUACCGGGCAGCUCAUGGACGGUUCUGUGCCCAUCCGCGACAGCUGGAGCAAAUACUUCGUGCCCCCGCAGCUCUUCCAGGGCAAGGCCUACCCAGUGUACUGCAGCGGCGGCGGCUUCCUCCUGUCCAGCCGCACAGCCCGCGACCUGCUCAGCGCGGCGCGCCAGGUCCCGCUUUUUCCCAUCGACGACGCUUACAUGGGCAUGUGUCUGAAGCAGGCCGGCCUGGCGCCCAGCCCCCAUGAGGGCAUCCGGCCCUUUGGCGUGCGGAUGCCGGGCGCGGAGCGCUCGUCCUUCGACCCCUGCGUGUACCGCGAGCUGCUGCUGGUGCACCGCUUUGCACCCUAUGAGAUGUUGCUCAUGUGGAAAGCGCUGCACAACCCGCAGUUGCACUGCAACCGCAGACACCAGGCAGGCCCUCCCGAGAACAGAAAGCUGGGGAGCUGA